UUCAAGUGGAUGUUCAGCUGUCAUUGUCUCCACUAGCAGACUCAGUUAGUUACUAGUGCUUUUAAGUGACCAUAACAAUCCUCCAUACUCGCCAAUUGCCACUCUUUCAGAGCCCUGACCUCCAAACUCACAACCUGGAAGGAAACCGAGAAUGACAUGCCAACACUCUGAGCAAGUUGAAGUGACUGAGAAUGGAACGGUGGGCAGGUCGUGUUGCCCUGGUGACAGGGGCCAGUGCGGGCAUCGGCGCUAGCUUGGCGCGGAGGCUGGUGGCCCAUGGCAUGCUGGUGGUGGGCGCCGCUCGCAGCUUAGAGAGAGUACAGGCCAUAGCGGAGGAGCUGAAGGGUCAGCCGGGGUCACUAAUUCCCAUGAAGUGUGACCUCACCAAAGAUGACCAAGUGCUGGAUAUGUUUGCGCGGAUCAAGCAAGAACUUGGAGGCGUCGACGUCUGCAUCAACAAUGCAGGAAUGGCUGUUUAUAAAAGUCUACUCGAGGGCACCCCCGAGGACUGGCGGAAGAUGCUGGACCUGAACGUGGUGGCUUUGUGUUUGUGUACGCGCGAGGCCGUGGCGUCAAUGAAGGAACGUGGUGUUGACGGACACAUCAUUCACAUCAAUAGCAUUCUCGGGCACCGUGUCAUCCCAUUGUCUAAUAUUCACUACUACGGCGGCACCAAGCAAAUGGUCACCGCCCUCACCGAGGCGCUGCGUCAGGAGCUGAGACAGGCCAACAGCAACAUCAGGAUAUCAUCCAUCAGUCCCGCCUCGGUGGAGACUGAGUUUGCCAUGAGGGCUGGUUUGAGUGCGGAGGAAGCCCGAAAGUUUUACCAGGAGAGAUCAAACCUGCAGGCUGAUGACGUCACCGACUCCCUCAUUCAUGCGCUGUCUGCUCCACCACACGUUCAGGUCCAUGACAUCAUGCUCCGGAACAUCAAGUCCAUAAACUGAGCGGCGGCACGCUGUGGUGAACUGUGGGACUGACUGCCUGUGCAGAUGAAUGAUCAGAGCACACACACACACACACACACACACACACACACACACACACACACACACACACACACACACACACACACACACACACACACACACACACACACACACACACACACACACACACACACACACACACUAAAAUAAAUCCAUAAUACUUGUGUGCACGUGUCAACAACACUUGUACAAAAUCCAACAACCAACAUUUCAUUUCGUGAACUGAACAUAAUAAAGAAAAGUCUCAAAGCAACAAA